AUGUGCCAACAACAAUCUGCCGACCAUUCCGCGAAGACGGGCAAAGAUAAUGACUGUGGAGAAGAAGCCUGCUGCGCUCAGCAAACCGACGACAGUGACGAUGCCCAGAUUCACAACUUGAAGUUUGAUGCAGAUACCUGCUGUGGUGAUGGCGAAAAAGGCCUUGAAGUCGGAGGCUGCUGUGGGAAGGAAUCCCGCGGUGAAAUCGAGAAGAGUGAGCCAGAAGAAGACCAUUGCGUUGAGGGCUGUUGCAGUGACGCUAAAGAGACUGAGUUGGGGGAAGACGACUGCCAGAUAGGUUGCUGUGGUGAAGUCAAGCAGACCGAGCUCAAAGGUGGUUGUCAAACCGAAUGCUGCGAUGAUGCUGUAAAGGUUCAAGUUGAAGAUGACAACUGCCAGAAGGCUUGCUGUGGUGAAGCCAACAAAACCGAGACUCAGGCAGACGACUUUCAGCGGGGAUGUUGUGGUGAAGCCAAAAACCCCGAGAGCGAGGAAGACGACUGUCAGCAGGGAUGUUGUGGUGGGAAAAAGUCUGAUAUCACAGGUGAUGUAUGCCAGGAUGCUUACUGUGGCCAAACCCUCGCACCACACAAGGAACCUUGUAAGGAGGAGAGUGGCAAGUCCAAGGGCAAUAUGAGUUGCCGUGCUGCUGCAGGCCAUAGCGACUCAAAGAAGAAAUCCGGAUGUGUCAAGGAAGUCAAUGUAUCAUGCCGCGAGAGGGAAACAUGUCAGAGUGUCGAUAGCAGCACCAGCAGAAUCUCAAACAUCACGGACGAGCUCGAGACAUGUUCUGCACACCUUGAGGCUGCUAUACGCAAAUUUACCGCCUUCAUUGAGGCUGGGAUUUGCAUCUGCAGGGGUAUCAUGCCGCGCGAAGAUAUCUGCUGCAAUGCAAAGAAACGUGACGCCAUUUCCGGACCUCGACUUCGGAGAAAAGAGGGGGAAUUAUCAAAGGGGACCUCUUCUGCGGUAUUCAUAUCCAGCCAUGAAUACCUGCGUCAUGAGAAACGAAAACCCACUUUCAGUUGCCAAAGGAAGAUCUCUGGAACCGAUUUACCCUCUGCUCAACACGAGGUUUACGAUAAAGCGUCUGUUUCGCGGGCGACUGUGAAACAGCCCAAGUUUUCAACCAAGGCAAUAUCGAGCGUCGUUAAAGUCCAGGCCAAAGGUACUGAUGAGGAACAACCUGCCGUGCAUGAGCAUGUCACCUUUACAAUUACUGGCAUGACUUGCACGGGCUGUGUCAAGAAGAUUAUUGGUGUGUUCAAUCAUGUAUCCGGCGUCUCCAAUGUCAACGUCAACUAUGUGGCAGGCAAGGCCGAGUGUGAUGUGGAUCUGAGAGUCAUCGCUGCUGAUCAAGCAUUAAGCAAACUCGAACGCGAAACAGGAUUCAAAUGUACCCGGACUUUUUCCACAAUUCUAGCGCUCGAUGAGCUCAUGACGAAAGAAGAUGCGCAGCGAUUAGAGGAGGCAAAUCUUGCUGGUAUCAGAUCCGUCGACUGCGUUGGGAAAGGGCUAUAUGAAAUCUCUUUCGAUCCGGCAAUCAUUGGAGCCCGCACAAUUCUAUCGAGCACCAACGGCCGACUGGCUCCACCACGAAAAGACAAAACACUCGCCAGCGGCCAGAAAGCUUUGUUUCUCAAACUUUUCAGCUUUAUCGCAGCGGCAAUCAUGACAAUCCCAGUCGUCGUGCUCGCAUGGGCAAAUACGCCAGUCUCGUAUAAUACCAAGUCUAUCAUCUCCCUGAUCCUGGCCACUGGAGUGCAGCUGGUUGCGGUUCCUGAGUUCUAUAUUCCAGCAUUGAAGGCUCUAAUCUUUAGCAGGUCAAUUGAAAUGGAUAUGUUGGUUGUCAUCAGCGUCUCAGCAGCUUACUUAUACUCUGUUGUCGCCUUCGGCCUGACCCACGCGGGUUAUCUCUUGGAAGAGGGUGAAUUCUUCGAAACAAGCACUCUUUUGAUCACACUCGUGCUUCUUGGUCGGCUGGUCUCAACUUUUGCCAAACUACGAGCGGUGAGCGCAGUUUCGCUACGGUCGCUCCAAGCUGAGACUGCAUAUCUUGAGCAGGGUGAUCCCGACCCAGUGGAAAUCGAUGCGCGACUACUCGAGUACGACGAUGUGAUUAGGAUCCCACCUCAUUCACGUAUUGUGACUGACGGUCUAGUCAUUCAGGGGUCCAGCGCUGUGGACGAGUCCAUGCUGACCGGUGAGACCACUCCGGUUUCUAAAACUGAGGGGAGUGUCGUCAUUGCUGGCACAAUCAAUGACACUGGUCCGCUCCGUGUUCGCACGACACGCUUACCAGGACAAAACAGCAUCAGCGAUAUCACAGACCUCGUCUCAGAUGCUCUUGGCACGAAACCCAAGCUUCAAGAUCUCGCCGAUAUGAUUGCAGGAUAUUUCGUUCCUGUCGUCGUCGCGAUAGCUCUGGUUGUCUUGAUUAUCUGGCUUAUUGUUGCCGUCAGAGUUCGACAUGAACAUGCUGGUGGUACUAUUGGUACAGCUAUCACCUAUGCUAUUGCAGUUCUUGCCAUCAGUUGUCCCUGCGCGUUGGGAUUGGCCGUCCCAAUGGUCCUAGUCGUUGCGGGAGGAGUUGCUGCCAAGAACGGCAUCAUCAUCAAGUCCGCUGGUGCCACCGAAAGAGGUUUCAAAGUUACCGAUGUGAUAUUUGAUAAGACCGGGACUCUAACCUUAGGCGACCUCCAAGUGAUUCAUGAGGAAGUCCGAUCGAAUCAUGUACUGCGGCUUGACGUUUUGGGACUUGCCUACUCACUUGUUCAGGACAACGAGCAUCCAGUCCCCAGGGCUCUCGCAGCGCACCUUCGUGGUAAACACAUUUCUCAUGUCAAGCUGAAAAAUGUCGAGUCAAUGCCUGGUUGUGGAAUCACAGCGACUUGGAACGGUCAGGUUGUAAGGGCUGGGAAUUCGAGCUGGCUAAAUGUGCCCACCCAUCCGGACGUGACCAACAUACAAUCGCAAGGCCUUACAGUUUUCUGCAUCACCCUCAAUAAUGACCUUGUCGGCACAUUCGGCUUGCAAGCAACGACCAGACCCGAAGCCCAUUUUACAAUUGGCCGCCUCCAAGCCCGGGGAAUCAAAUGCCACAUUGUCUCUGGCGAUAAUGCUGCUGCUGUGAAAGCUCUUGCCCAGUCACUGCAGAUUCCGGAGGUUAAUGUCGCUGCUCAGAAAAAGCCCGAAGAAAAGCUUGCAUAUAUCAAAGCGCUCCAAGCGUCCACCGGUGAUUCGAAUAAGAACCGCAAAGUCUUAUUCGUUGGUGACGGAACAAAUGACGCCGCGGCGAUCGCACAGGCUGACCUUGGACUGCAAAUUGGCGACGCUUCGGACAUAUCUCGAGCUGCAGCAGACGUUGUUCUCCUGGGUGGACUCGACGGUAUAAUCACGCUGCUUGAGGUUUCCAGGGCUGCAUUCAUACGCAUUACAUUCAAUUUCGUCUGGAGUGGCGUGUACAACGUGUUGGCUAUUUUACUGGCAUCAGGCGCGUUUGUCAGGUUCCGUGUCCCUCCGGCCUAUGCGGGAUUGGGAGAGAUUGUCAGUGUCCUACCUGUCAUCGCUGUGGGCUUCAGCAUGACUCUGAUAAAAUUUGGCAAGACCAAUGCGGCUCAUUGA